GAGGCGCGGGCCCCGGCGCAGCGGCUCGGCGGCCGGACCGCGGGGCCGUGGCUGCUAUGCCGAUCACCGGGAAGAUCUUCCGCCGCCGGCGGGCCGACUCGGAGUCCGAAGAAGAUGAGCAGGAUUCAGAGGAGGUCCGGUUGAAGCUGGAAGAGACCCGAGAGGUGCAGAACUUGAGGAGGAGGCCCAAUGGGGUGAGCGCUGCCGCCCUACUGGUGGGAGAGAAGGUACAAGAAGAGACUACUCUGGUGGACGACCCCUUCCAGAUGAAGACGGGUGGCAUGGUGGACAUGAAGAAACUGAAGGAAAGGGGCAAAGAUAAGGUGAGUGAAGAGGAGGACCUGCACCUGGGGACAUCGUUCUCUGCCGAGACCAACCGGAGGGACGAGGACGCAGACAUGAUGAAGUACAUCGAGACAGAGCUCAAGAAGAGGAAAGGGAUCGUGGAGCACGAGGAACAGAAAGUGAAGCCAAAGAACGCCGAGGACUGCCUUUACGAGCUUCCGGAGAGCAUCCGCGUCUCCUCGGCCAAGAAGACGGAGGAGAUGCUCUCCAACCAGAUGCUCAGCGGUAUCCCCGAGGUGGACCUGGGCAUCGAUGCUAAAAUUAAAAAUAUAAUUUCCACGGAGGAUGCCAAGGCCCGCCUGCUGGCCGAGCAGCAGAACAAGAAGAAGGACAGCGAGACGUCCUUCGUGCCCACCAACAUGGCUGUGAAUUAUGUGCAGCACAACCGAUUUUAUCACGAGGAGCUCAACGCUCCCAUAAGGAGAAACAAAGAAGAACCCAAAGCCCGGCCCUUGCGCGUGGGGGACACGGAGAAGCCGGAGCCUGAGCGGUCCCCUCCGAACCGGAAGCGCCCUGCCAACGAGAAGGCCACAGAUGACUACCACUACGAGAAGUUCAAGAAGAUGAACAGGAGGUACUGAGACCGCAAAGCCAGGCUGCGCAGCACCGCACCGUGCGCACACGCCCAAAGCAUAAAGGAGGUGUACGUGUGCGUGUCCCCAUGCACACACGCCCAAAGCGUAAAGGAGGUGUACGUGUGCGUGUCCCCAUGCGCACACACCCAAAGCGUAAAGGAGGUGUAUGUGUGCAUACCCAAAGCAUAAAGGGCCUCUACGUACGCGCGCAACUGUGUGCAUAAUCCCCACAACAAGACCUGGCCAGCAGCUGCCCAGUAGCUGUGGACAAUCCCAGAUAGACUCAGAGCACUGCUGCUUACCUGCUGGACUUUUUGUUUGUUUUCAUUUAUGUUUUGGUUUGUUUUGGAGAGACAGAAUUUCCCUAUGUAGCCCAGGCUGGCCUAGAACUUGCAAUCCUUCUACCUCUGCCUGUCUAGUGGUUGAAUUACAGACCUGACCCACCGCUCCCAGUUUCUCACUGGAUUUCUCAAGAACUAAAUGCUUGUGAAAGGAAACCAUGUGUUGUUUGCAUAUUUGCAGGCAAACUCUUCUUCGCAUUAUUAAAUUUUGUUUGUAAAUAC